AUGGAUUCUCCGUGUAGUGGCAAAUUGUUGGGAUUUCGCCGCAUUGCUCAGGAAAAGCUGCAGCAUGUUUUCUAUUCUAUACCAUCGGAGAAAGACCUUAUUAUCGAACCGGCGCUCAUCAAACCGUUGGAACAUGUGUGCGGCGCAACAUGGUUGAGGAAAAAAGGCAUCGAUAAAAUAUUCAAGUUCGAUCCCAAAAAUCCACCCCCGAAACGGAAACAAUUCAUCUAUUUCAUCACAGCUAACUUGCUAACCUUCAAGAGUGUACUGGAUCAAAUCAGUGGCUAUCAGAGCCAAACGAGUAGUUUGAUGGAGCCGGACAUCCGCGCCAAACAGUAUCACGUACUCGUGUUACCCUCGGUUCUGGCCAGUUUCGAGCAUUUGCUGGAGGAAGAAGGACUGCAUGGCAUUGUGGAGCUGUACAACUUUCAGUGGGACUUUUUGCUGCUGGACGAUUCGCUUCUCAGCCUGGAGUUGCCUAACGUGUUCGCGGAUGUGUUUGUUCGCAAAGAUACGACGCCACUCAGUUCGAUUGCGCAAAGCAUACGUAUCUUUAAUCUCGUUAUGGGGAAGCCCGAUUUGAUAUUCAGUCUUGGUGAAAACUCCGAGAAAGUCCUGCAUAUGGUACAGCGAAUAGAAUCGGCCAAGCGGGUGGGUUUAUCAAACAUCUCGGCAAAGGGAGACCAAAAACCUCAUGUACAGACGGCUGAGAAAGGUUCCGAUUUUGCGGCGAUGCUUAUAAUCGACCGAGACAGAGACUAUCCGUCAUGCCUGCUGACACCAGUUGUCUACUGCGGUCUACUUCUUGAAAUACAACCCCUAAACUCGGGCUCUUUAGUAGUGGAUGCAGAGAAUAACAAGAUCAAGAACGGAAAGCUGGGCUUUCUGCAACAAGAGCAUUCAUCGACUGCAUCCAAACAGGAAGUGACCGCCUUGCGAAUGAGUGGUGCUCAAGAUAUGAUUUAUUUCGAGCAUAGGUACCGCCAUUUUUCAGAAGUCAUCAGUUUGCUCAGCUCGCAAGCCAAAACGCUCGGACUGGAGGGAAAGGCUUACUCGCGUGAAAUGAAGCUGCACGAGAUGAAGGACUACGUCACAAACAAGCUGCCGAAAGUGGCCGCUGCAAAGAAGGAGCUGUUCAAACACCUGCGUUUGUGCGAGACGAUAGUGGAGGAAAUUGGGGCCAACUUUGAGAAGCACCAAAUGAUCGAGGAAAGCAUCUUGACCAACACGAACCGCAAGCAAAUCAUAAAUUACAUUAUGGAACUGCUUAGCAGUGAUGCGCAUAUGUACAAUACGCUGCGCUUGAUCUGCUUGUACCACGUGACGAUAGGUUUGACGAGCGAGGACAUGACUAAACUGAUGACUGGUUACCUAAACUCGUUUGGAUAUCGCCAUCUGACCCUUUUCCACAACCUCUUCCAAGCCCGACUCUUUCCGGACACGACAAAUCUCAGCAAAACGAAGAUUCUUUCUCAAAUUUCCAUUCCCACGCUCAAAACUCCAUUCCAAAUAGAGGCGAACAAGCUAAAGCAGCUUCCAACCGACUCUAACGAGCCUAAUACGCCGCCAACGGCCGACAGAGACUCGACCGGAAUUGCUACUGUUUCUGCAGGAACGAGUACGGGGAAAACGUGCCCUAGCUACGUGUUUAAUGGGAACUACAUCCCGCUUGUAACCCAGCUGUCGCACAUGAUACUAGCCGCUUCGAGUUUCGAUAAUCUCAACGCCAGACUGGGCCAUCUCGAGAGAUUUAAAGUGUCGGGAAGGGCACUGGCUGGCUCGGGUCAAUUUACCGAUCCACUAGGACCACCUCGACCGAUCAAGGAGCUAUCGGCGAGCAGCCACAAAGUGACACUAAACCAGCUUCUACCAUUCAAGGAGAAAACGAUGUUUAUCUUUGUUAUUGGUGGCAUCACUUACGCGGAAAUUGCAGCAUGUCAUCUGCUGGAACGAACAAUUGGGGCCAAAAUUGUACUAUCGUCCGAUAGGGUCAUUGCAGGACAUGAUCUCAUCGAGAGCGUUGUCAACUGUUGAAAUAGCUUAUACUUAAAACCUCAAGUGGAAAGACGCGAAUGUUUGAAAAAUGUAAGACUUUUCGGAUAUUGACGAUA